GUAGUCCUAAGAUUAUAUACUCGGUAGUCUGUCAUCGAUGUUCUAAGGUAGCGCAAGUUACUCGUGAGAGCUGCGCACGCGCUCUAGACCAACUUGCACAUGUUCCUUUAUUUGAAUUACUUCAACUAAUUUUGUUUAGUGACUUUAUGGCUACGACCGAGUGAAGUGGGUUUAAAUAAGUGACGAAUUUUUAUAAAUUCCUCGAUCUUGUUCAUUCAAUUUAACAUAAACGCGAUGCUGCAGCAAAUUCUGCGUGAUAUGUACGUAGAUCCAGAAAUUCUGGCAGAAUUAGACGAGGAUCAAAAACAAACUUUGUUCUGUAAAAUGCGAGAAGAACAAGUAAAAAGAUGGAAGGCGUGGAACGAUAAACUCGGCGACGAAAUAAUUAAAGAGAAUUCGAAGGAAACAAACAAAAAAAAAGUUAAAUUUUUAUUGGGAAUAGACGACGAACCGUGGGUGUGGGUUAUGGGCGAACACGAAAACGAUAAAAGUAUUGAGGAUAUUUUGAGAGAAGAAGCCGCUGAAAAAGCGCGAAUUUUAGCUGUAAAAGAGACUGAAAAAUUAAGAGAAGAAGUCCGUAAAGAAAUGAAGGCGCAAUUAAUAGAAGAUUACGUCGAUUUAACGGCUACAAUCGAAAAAGAUUUACCAAAAUUAAGAAUAGAAGAUGAUGUGGAUAUUUAUUGUUCAGUAGAACAGAUACAAGCUAAAAUACAUUCGAUACCUAAGAAAAAUAAUAAUAAUUACAGUAUUAAUUAUUAUUCUUCGAUUAAUAAUAAAUUUAACGAUGCAUCCGAGGUGAAAAAUACGCGGAAAGUGGCUCAAAAAGUAGCUCUAUGGGAACAGAAACUUCUCAACGAUAAAACCACGGAAAUUUUUCAAAAAAUCCAGAUGAAACACCAGCAAGUCGCCAAAGAAGCCGAAGAGGAAGAAAAACGGAAAGAACAAGUCUGGAGGGAACAAGAAAGGAAAGCGAAAGCUGCCGAGCAACAGAUAAGAGAAAUAGCCAGGAGAGCUCGGGAGGAACAUAAAUUGAAUUCGUCGUUGAAUUUAGACUCUACGUGCGGAGGUACUAAUAGUUCUGGGGUACCGCCUAGUAGACAGGCCGUGAUAGACUGGUAUAAAAACGAGGAAAAAAACAGGCGCGCCGGAAUCGAUUCGUCGAACAACGUAACGCCUUGGUUUCACGGGUUGAUAACAAGACGAGAAGCCGAAAAACUUCUUCUAGAUCAACCGUGCGGUACCUUUUUAGUACGACUGUCGGAAAAAAUUUGGGGUUAUGCCGUAUCGUAUAGGGCUCAAGAAAAAUGCAAACAUUAUUUAGUAAACGCCAUACCUAAAUACAGCUUCGUAGGAAACAAUCAAAAAGUACACGAUACGUUAGAUGAUAUAAUCGCGUUUCAUCGGACGUAUCCGUUAACUGGUGGGGAAACCCUUCAAUACCCAUGCCCUAGAAUAUCUACAGGGGCUAUCGAAGAACUAUUAAAUUAAAAAUUUUAUUUUUUCGUUGUGACGGAAUUUGGAAUUCUGUGAUUGUGACUGGUAUUUUAAAAAAUUAUUUUUUAAAUAAUUUUCUCUAAGUUUUAAUAUAAAACGUCGUAUGUGAGAUAUUUGAGUCUCCGUGGCGUCUAUAGCUGGAGAAUCAUGUCAAUUGUAUGAAAAUCAUACUUAUUAUUAUAUAACGUGAAUUGAAAAAGUGAUAAUUAUAAAAAUUUUGUAAAAACGAUACAAUAAAAACAAAUUUUUUUGA